UAUUUGAUUUGUUAUAUUUGAUUCGCAGAACGGAUCUAAUGAACAUAAAUAUAAAACGAAAAUUCUUAUUUGUUUAAAAUUUUAGUUAUUUUAAUAAUACAACAUGUAUAUUUAUAAAUGUAUUCAUAAAUAGCAAUUAAUAAUUUAAAUGUCUGUAAAAUGGAGGUUAUGGAUUACGAAGAAGCGGUACAAAUGGAUGAUGUAGCAAAUUAUUCAGAAGAAUCUGAUAAUAAUGAUAAUGCUAACAACAAUUUAGAAAGUGAAAUUCAAACGGAAGACACAAAAGGUAAUGACGAAACUGAAUCGAGAAUAAAGAAGAUAAAAGAAACAAUUUUGGAUGAAUCUGAGGUUGAUUCUGACCAAUCUUGCCCAAUAUGCAUGGAUUUAUGGACUAGUUCUGGGGAUCAUCGUUUGUGUUGUUUACGAUGUGGACAUUUGUUUGGACAUAGUUGCAUUUUAAGAUGGUUACAAAAUUCUUGCACUAGUGCGAAUCGUCGUUGUCCACAAUGUAAUAGAAAAGCUGCUGUAAAAGAUAUCAGAAUGCUGUAUGCCAAAAAAUUGACAUCGAUAGAUACUACGGAAUUAGAUAAAUUGAAAGAACGAUUAAAUAGUGUUACUACUGAGAAAAAUCGUAUAGAAAUAGAACUUUCAAAAUAUAAUCUAAGAGAAAAAUUAUUUGAACAACAAAUUGCUAGUAUGAAAAAUCGGAUUUCCGAGUUAGAAAAUCAGCAAUCGGAAGUAACUGUUCAUUCGUGUCAAAAUAUUUCUAAACAUACGAUCAAGAAGUUCCAUUUAGAUCGAUCUAUAGAGAUAUGUAAGGAAGGUGGUUGCCGAGUAUUAGAUUACAAUUCAUGGUUUGGAUUCCUAGUUGUAUCUCAGAAGUCAACAAAUACAUUAUUUUCGGGUUAUGGUAUUAAAAAAAUUGAUUCUGAUAAAUUUCAACCACGUCAAUUUAUUUUUCUACAUAACCAAGCUAUAAGAGAUGUUACUUUUAAUGCAACUCAACAAUCAUUAUUGCUCAGCGUUGGUUUUGAUAAAUGUGCAAAAUUAAUGGAUAUUCAGAAUCAUAUUAUCGUGCAUGCUUAUCAAACAGAAUCACCACUGUGGAGUUGCUGUUGGUCAGGCGAUAAUUCAAACAUAUUUUUUGUGGGUGCACAAAAUGGAUCUAUAACACAAUUUGAUAUUAGACAAACUUCUGGUGCUAUUGAAACUUUGGAUAAUCCAGGUGACAGAUCACCGGUAGUUUCCUUAGCGACAGUAUCUUCUAAUCCUGGUAGCGGUAUUAGCAGGGGUGGAUUCAUAGCGUGUCGUUUGAACACAUGUUAUGCUUAUGAACAAAAAGAUUCAAAAUAUACACCUAAACAAAUAUUUCUUGAAGGUCCAUUUGUAUCUGUAUGUUAUGAUAAAAAGAAUAAUCAUGCUUUAAUAUCUUCCCGACCAAAUGUUAGACAACCUCAUGCGAGACACAUAGUAUGUACCAUAGAAAAAGGCAAUGAUGAAUCAACAAUUUGUAAUGUAAUACACACAUUUCAUGCUGGUAAUUCUCAACAAUUAUUGUCCCGACCAUGUUACAUAAAUAUUGAAAAUGAUACGUUAGUUGCUGCGCAUCAAGAAUCUACUAGUUGUAUAUCGUUAUGGAGUAUAUCUACUGGAAAACAAGUAAAUAGUAUCCCUGUUUCUGAUCCUGUAGUAGAUAUGUGUACGGUUGACAUUAAUAGCCAUUUAUUUUUGACAACGCUUUCUUCAAAAAAAGUUAGAAUUUAUAAUCAUGGAUAAUUAUUAUUGGUAAAUAGAAA